AUGUGUUGUGAGCACAUCCAGGCAACACCAUCGUGGCGUGUUGGCAAACCGAGGCAUGACUGUAUCUUCAUCAACAUGGGUGUUGACUUCGACUCUCCCAUGAAUGGACUUGCAGUUGUGCAAGUCCUUUGCUUUUUCUCAUUUAACUACUGGAUAUCAUACUAUCCCUGUGCCAUAGUUCAUUGGUAUUCAUAUGUCCAUGAAGAAUGUGAUCCUGACACAGGCAUGUAUGUCAUCAUGCUGAUGACAACUGAUGAUGACAUCCCAGAUGUCUCAAUAAUUCAUGUUGAUUGCAUCUUUUGCACUGCCCAUCUGAUUCCAGUCUACAGCCUGGACUGUAUCCCAAAAAUAAGUCCACACAACUCAUACAACAUGUUCAACUCCUACUAUGUCAACAGAUAUGUGGAUCACCACACUUUUGAAAUAGCAUGA